AUGAAUUUCUCUUUACUUUCAAAUCUCACCUCUCUUGGGCUGCCUGAUAAUCGCCUUGUUGGUGUCAUUCCCCUUCAAAUAUGUGCACUUCCAAAGCUCAGACACCUCAACUUGUCCCGCAAUUACCUAACUGGUGAGUUACCUCUUUGUCUCCAAAACCUCACCAUGUUAGAAGUUGUUGACAUUCAUAGUAAUCACAUCGAUAGUCCUAUCCCUCCUGAAGUGGGAAAUCUAAAAAUGCUAAUCCACCUAGAUCUUAGUUCUAAUAAGCUUCAUGGCACGAUCCCUCCGACUCUUGGUCUUUUGUCCAAUUUACGCCUCCUCAAUCUUAGCCAAAAUGACUUAGAUGGCUUCAUCCCGCUUGAGAUAGGAAACUGUGUGAACUUGUACCACAUUGACCUAGAAGACAACUUCUUCGUCGGUCCCAUUCCUUCAUCUGUAGCAAAAUUGAGGAACUUGACGCAUCUCUAUUUGGGAGGAAACUCCUUCACUUGCCCCAUUCCUUUAUCUUUAGUCUAUUUAACCAACUUGAUCGUUUUAGAUUUACAUGGGAAUAAAUUUGAUUGUGCCAUUCCAUUGAAAAUAGGAGAUUUAUAUAGCCUCACUCAUCUAGAUUUGAGCUUUAACAACUUCACUAGUUCCAUUCCAUCCUCUAUAGGGAAUUUGACGAGCUUGACCCAUCUCUAUUUGCAAGAAAACAAACUUGGUGGAUCUAUUCCUACGGAAAUAGGAAAUUUAAAUAAUCUCAGGUUUCUAGAUUUGAGCUCAAACAACUUAGUCGGGAAAAUCCCCAUUGAACUUGAGAAUUUGAUUCCCAUAUUUCCAAGUUAUUUUUCCCCAGUUAGCCUUAACUUAUCAUACAAUCAUCUCAGUGGACCAAUUCCAGAAAAACUUAUGGCUGCUUUCACUCCUGCCGCUUUUCUCGGCAACAAAGAUUUGACCCAGUUUGAUGAAACCCCAGCCCACAGAAGGUUUAGCGUAGUUUUUCAUAUGACGGUGUUCAUUCCACUGGCUACAAUAGUUAGUUCUUGUAUAGUCGGAUCUUGCUUCCUAAUUCGACGUACAAAAAAGAGUGUGCAACCAAAGACUACAGAGAAAAAUGGAAAUUUCUUGUCAAUAUGGAAUUAUGACGGGGGCAUUGUGGGCAUUGCAUAUGAAGACAUAAUCAAUGCAACAGAGGACUUCGACAUCAAAUAUUGUAUCGGGACUGGCGGUUACGGGAGUGUCUAUAGAGCGCGAUUGCCCAAUGGGAAAGUCGUGGCAUUGAAGAAACUUCACCGUCUUGAAGCAGAGGACCCGUCCUUUGACAAGAGCUUUCGGAAUGAAGUGAAACACUUAACAAAAGUAAGGCAUAGAAGCAUUAUCAAGCUUCAUGGUUUCUGCUUACAUAGGCGAUGCAUGUUCUUGGUUUACGAAUAUAUGGAAAAUGGGAGUUUGUUCUGUGUUUUGAGAGAUGACGUUGAAGCGGUGGAAUUAGAUUGGUCCAAAAGAAUCAAUCUUGUCCAGGACAUGGCACACGCUUUGUCUUACAUGCACCAUGAUUGUGCUCAGCCAAUUGUUCAUCGAGACAUAUCUAGCAACAACAUCUUAUUGAAUAGCAAAAUGCAGGCUUUUGUAUCAGAUUUUGGCACCGCAAGACUUCUAAAUCAUGAUUCCUCAUCUAACUUCACCACAAAUAUCGGUGGCACCUAUGGAUAUAUUGCACCGGGUGAGCAAUACUUCAUACUUCAUAAGCUUUUCUUUCCUUUUUUUACCCUUACGGUUGAAUUAAACGACAUCUUUGAAAUUUCAUCAUCCAUGCACAUCAAUGACUUAUAG